CUGUUGUUGUGAUUGACAGACAGGCGGAGGGAGUCAUGCUGAACUUUCGUUUUGAUCUUUUUCCGCAAAUAUGUUUUGAGUAAAUAAAGAGCGAAAUGUCGGAGAUCCUGGUGAAGGACAUGAAGAACAUCUCGCUGAGCUCCGUGAAGGCGGAGGAGGCUCCAGGAGGAGUCCGGAGCUUCCUGCUGGUGGACGAGCAGGAGAACCUGCAGGUCCGUGAUGAGUCUGAGUUCGUGGACCGACUGGGCUGUGGGGACGUGGCGGGAGUUAAGGUCCUCUCCAUCUUUGGGAACACCGGCGAUGGGAAGUCCCACACCCUGAACCACAUCCUGUUUGGGGGCGAGACUGUGUUCUUCACCUCCAAGUCGCCCAGCUCCUGCACGGUGGGGGUGUGGGCCGCCUAUGACCCCGCCCUCAGCCUGGUCGUCCUGGAUACGGAGGGCCUGCUGGGGGCCGCAGCCAAUCAGAACCAGAGGAUGCGGCUGCUGCUAAAGGUGCUGGCCGUGUCUGAUAUCGUCGUCUAUCGUACCCGGGCCGAGCGUCUCCACAACGACAUGUUCCAGUUCCUGAGCAACGCCUCGGGGGCCUACCUGAAGCACUUCACCCCGGAGCUCCGGGCCCUCUCCAGCCGCUGUGGGCUGGACGUGCCCCUCUCCUCUCUGGGGCCCGCCGUCAUGGUCUUCCAGGAGACAACGCACACCCAGCUGCUGGGUCACGACUCUAAGGUGGCGGGCCACGCCGACACGCUGCUGCAGAAGCGUUUCCAUGACCUGGGCCUGGGGACGGAGGCCUUCAGCUCGGUGCAGUACGUCGGCACUCAGACCAUCACGCCUCCCACCGACUACAGCCGGCUGCUGGAGGCCGUCAGGCAGCAGGUGAAGAACACACACACCCGCUCCCCACGCCAGCCAGGCAUCGUGUUCCACGCUCUGGAGGCCUUAAGUGAGCGUUUCUGUGGAGAGCUGUCAGACGAUAAGAUGACCCCCUACUCCUUCUUCCCAGACGAGUACUUCACCUGCUCCGCUGUCUGCCUCAGCUGCAAUAUUCGCUGUAAAAAUGGGAUGAACCAUCUGAGGGACCGGGUCCCCCACAUGGCAGACGGACUGUGCCAGUACGCUCACCAGUACACCAACAAGGUCCUCAUCUGUAAGAGGUGCUAUGAAGGAGGCAGAGAGGUGAUUGUGCUGCCGAAGACCUCAGCCUCCACUGAUAAUCCCUGGUUCGGACUGGCCAAGUACGCCUGGUCCGGCUACGUGUUGGAGUGUGGCAGCUGUGGGGUGAUCUACCGCAGCAGGCAGUACUGGAUGGGGAACCAGGACCCCGAGAGCGGCGUGGUGCGCUCCGAGGUCAAACACGUGUGGGAGGGGUCGGACACCUUCCUGACCAACCACCAGAACGCUGCCCAGAGGGUCCUGGAUGGGAUGAACUACGUGGUCCAGUCGGUGUCAGAGUACAGCUCGGGUCCCACUAAAGCUGUGGCUGCCUGGCUCACGGACCAGGUGGCGCCGCCCUACUGGAGACCCAACACGGAGAUCACUGCGUGUCACGGCUGUCAGAAGGUGUUCGAGGAGGCGGAGAGGAAGCACCACUGCAGGUCGUGUGGCGAGGGCUUCUGCCACCCGUGCUCCAGCCACAGGAUGCCGGUCCCAGAGAGAGGCUGGGGCAGCGGGCCGGUCCGGGUCUGCAAGGCCUGCUACCGGCAGGGGGGACCUCCAGACACCAGCAGCCAGGUGUGUAAGGUGGAGCCUCGUGGUCUGAUCGCCCGCAGAGUGACGGAGGUGGCCCAGUCCACUCUGGACAUGGUCACCACCGCGGUGGACUACCCACUCUACUUUGUGAAAGAAGUGGCUCGGCCAGACUACUGGGUGCCAGACCAGGACAUCACCCAGUGCAACCAGUGCUCCAAAACCUUCACCCCGGCCAUGUCCAAGCACCACUGCAGGGCGUGUGGUCAGGGCGUGUGUGGUCCCUGCUCCACCCACAUCAAGCCGGUCCCGUCCCGGGGCUGGGACCACCCGGUCAGGGUGUGUGACGGCUGCCACGCCCGCACCGACAGCCUGUGACCCAGAACAUCCUCAAACCAUCACAAAACAUCACUGUGAAUCCUGGCUGCUGCUCCAGGAGAACCAGGAGGAUUAAUGAUGCAGAGCCACAUGGUGGGACUGGAACCAGCUUUGUUUUUACCUGAGAAGACUCUUCAGAUGCUCCCCACCUGGUCCCAUCAGUGCUGACCCAGGACCCUGGUCCCAUCAGUGACCCAGGACCAGCUUCCAUCUCAUCCUGCUUCCCUGACCGACUGAUUCUGCAGCCGUAAUGAGAUAAAACUCACCAUGGAUCACCUUCACUACCAACUGGAUCCAUCAAACUAUCUGAAAACCAGCUGAAGAAAUGGAAAGCUGCAUAUGUGAUUUUAACUGACUGGAAAUCUAGAAAAUGAAGAUAUAACUCUUCUCAAUUCUUCUAACAGCAGAACUCUUAACUGCUCUCGCAGAUGGAUUUCUUGUCUAUUUCCUGUUUGCAGCCCCGCAGCACGUGGCUCACUCUACAUUUGACACAUUUUUUUCUAUACAAAUGACAGGACAAGUCAAGGGAAUUUUUAAACCUGUCUGUUAUAAAGACGAUCAGGCCAUCUCAACAACUCGCAGCUUGUUUGCAAAGCCCUCGGAAAAGUAAAGAUUGUGUGAGGUUUUGUUUUUUUUUCAACCAUCUCCCUCUCUCUCUCUCUGGGAGAAAACACAAACAGUCCAGACUUUUGAAAAAACAGUAACUUUGUGUGUGCCUGUAUUCUUCUCAACAGAAAGAGAUGUCAGAUAGAAAACCAUGAGCUACAGCAGUGUGUGCCUUCAUGGGAACCUGGAUUCCCUUUCUGUAGUCUCUACGGGUUGUUACUCAUUACAGAGCAGUGUAAUCUAUAAUGUAAUCUAUAUCCUCGCUCAUUAACACUUACAGUUGUACCUAAUAUGGUGAAAUGGAUAUAUAGGAGGAGAGAAUCUGUAGCACAACAUAUUAUAGACAUUCCAAUGUAUGGAAACGCCUGUGUACUGAUAUAGAUUGACCUUUCUGAGGGACAUUGAUGCUAAAGAAAGUGAUCUUAAUAUGAUGAACUGCACUAGUCUGGGCAACUUGAGUUGUUCUGAUAUCUGGAAGGAGCUCAAAUCAAUUGCAAUGUUUAUAGGAAAUUAUUGUCUGUUUAAAAUACUGGGUAUGAAUGAAUGCAAGUUAUUUCUCUAAAUAACAAAUUCAAUUUUAAAGAUGUUUUUCAAUGGAAUCUAGAAACUGACAAUCUUACGUUUUUUCCUCCUUAAAUCGGGCGCGUCCAAAUAAAGAAGACAAAGGAAGACUUUGUAUCUGCUCAGUUACUGCCUUUCUCUCUGCCUCUCUCUAAUCCCUCGCAUG